CCAUUUGUCGGUGUCUUGCGUUAGCUUAGUAAACCGCCGCCUUCCACGUUUAAAUGUCUCUUUCUUGCACCUUCCCGAUCGUAAGCCAGCAAAACCAAUGAUGUUGGCUCUGAGUUUUUUAUAGCGACCGGCUCCAGGUUAGCGUCUUUCGCGUCAUCUUCCAAAGCAGCUGGGAAACGUGCGUGUUCAAGGGCUCUGUUGAAAUGACGCUAAGUGGAACCGAUCGAGUGCUACGGGCAUGUCCGCUGCUGCUCGCCAUCUUUAUGGUCACCCUGAGCCCAGUGAAGACAGCGACAGAAACGGACCCCUACAGAAUCCUCGGGGUCAGCAGGGGCGCUAGUCAAGCGGAGAUUAAGAGGGCGUACAAGAGCCUGGCCAAGGAGUGGCAUCCGGAUAAAAACAAGGACCCUAACGCUGAAGACACGUUCAUCAAAAUCUCCAAAUCAUAUGAGAUCCUGUCAAACGAGGAGCGAAGGGCCAACUUUGAUCGUUACGGUCAGACCGAUGAAAACCAGCCGUUCGGACAAUCGCAGCAUCACGGCUUCCGCAACUUCCACAACAGCUUCUACUUUGAUGAGUCGUUCUUUCAUUUUUCCAGGACCAGAGACUUUGCAGACAGCAAGUAUCUGUUUCACCACGCUCAGUUCAAUAGUGAAGUCAUUCCUGAAAGCCACAAGAGGCCCUACCUUAUCAAAGUCAUCUCUGAGUGGUGCUUCGCUUGCGUCCACAUUGAGCCAGUUUGGAAGGAGACCGUGCAGGAGCUGGAGCCUUUGGGCAUUGGGAUCGGCAUCAUAGACUUGGGUUUCGAACGUCGUCUAGCGAGCCAGCUGGGCGUCCACAGGGCCCCUACCAUCAUUGGCCUGGUCAACGGCAGAGCAACCUUCUUCCAUCAGGCUGUGGUUCGUGAGCACCUGCGGCAGUUUGUUGAGGACCUGCUGCCUCAGAAACAGGUGGAAAAGAUCACAGAUGACACUUACUUGUCUUUUCUGGAGAGUUGGAGGGAUGAAAAUAAACCCAGCGUUCUGCUGUUUGAUGUUGUCCCAGCUGUUCCUCUCAUGUACAAGCUGACAGCCUUCUCCUUCCGAGACUAUGUCCGCUUUGGCUAUGUCGACCAGGGAGCGAGCCACAACGUGCGGCUUUUGCGGCAAUUCAACAUCAACACUUAUGCUCCCACGAUGCUUCUGUUCAAGGAGGACACAGUCAACCCUGUCGACAUCAUCCAGGCCAGAGGGAUGAAGCGACAGAUUAUGGAUGAGUUUGUCUCCAACAACAAGUUCCUCCAGGUGCCUCGGCUGGUGAACCAGCAGCUCUUUGAUGAGCUUUGCCCUGUCAAGCAGUUCCACCGACGGAGAAAAUACUGUGUGCUGCUCAUCACAAGUGAAGAUCAGAGCUUUCAGCCUGGGAAUCAAGCUUUCCUUGACUUUGCGAGAGUGAACGUAAAGGAAGUACUUCGGUUCGCGUACGUCUACCAGCGUCAACAGCAGCCGCUCUGCCAAGCGCUUCUCCCCAACCAGGCAGUGCUCUUGCCGCAGGUUGUGAUUCUUGAGCGGCGGAGUCAGGCUGGAAAGGUUCUGUUCCGCUCCGUGGCCGGCGGCUGGAACGGCAGCGAGGAAGAAAAGUACCGUCUACAUGAGCAGCUGGAGCUCCUUCAGAAGGACCCGUCCUAUCUGAGCUCAGACGCCACACUGCCUGAACUCAACAACGAAAGGGCUCCAAUGUUCAUAAUUCGCUGGAUGAAUGCUGCGUAUGAUUAUGUCGUUCAGUCAUAUGAGGACCUCCUCUACUCGAGCGGACGAGAGAUGAUGCCCAUCCUGUCAUUGAUCUUCUCAGCCCUCUUCAUUCUUUUUGGCACAGUCAUAAUCCAAGCGUUCAGUGAGCCGGGUGAGAGCAAACCCCAGCGUUCCAAGCCGAAGGAGCAGCCUCCAAGUGAAGAGGAGGCUUCAAACAGGGCUGGGACCUCAAGUCGCCCUCCCAAGAAGGACUUUGUUGAGGUGACGGAGCUGACCGACAUCACCUACAUCAGUAACCUGGUGAAGUUGAGACCUGGACACAUCAAUGUGGUUCUGGUGCUGACCCAUUCCUCCAAGAAUGCACUGCUCAGGAAGUUCGCCAAGGAGGUGUUUUCGUUCUCGGGGACGCAGACGCUCCAUUUCUCCUUCCUCAAUGCGGACAAACAUCACAACUGGAUGCCGUCGCUCCUGCGUUCAGCCUCCUCACAGACCGACGGUCACUCGGCGGAAGACGAGGAGUCCUCCGACUACACCGGUUAUGUUUUAGCUCUCAAUGGCUACAAGAAGUACUUUUCUCUCUUUCGGCCCGUUUUCACGGGAGAGGAUCCCAGCGAGGCCUCGUCCACCUCAGAGACCUCCUUUUCCUCCGACACCCGGCGAAACUCCCGAUCUCGAUCCAGGUCCAGUUCGCACUCACGGUCCCGCUCCCAUUCCAGAGAGGAAGGGAGCGCUUCAAAGAGAGGGUCGGGUCGGACCACCAGCAUAGAAGUGCACCACAAGCUGGACAAGCUGGGCGUGUGGAUGGAGAGGCUGACUGAAGGAUCGCUGCCCAGGCUUCAGGUCCCCUACUGGCCCUCGCUGGAUGCUAACAAAGAAAGCUGAACUCAGAAAGUUGCAGGGUCACUCCGCCCUCCAAAACUCUGCUGCUUUUUGGAGAAGUCAUUUGAUUUUUCCCUGUUUGCUAAUGAGAUGAUUUGUUGCCAGAGGGGAGCUUCGCGCCUUUCUGACAGAACCCUGCUCACAGAUGACAGUUCUGCGACUGCCGUUUUAUUUAGUAAUAACAUAGAGGAACCACAUUGCAGUACGUUUGCUAACAUGAAAACACUCGUAAGAUGUAGGUUACCUCGAAGCCAAUGUUGCUCCAGGAUAAACCCACGUUUUAAAUGAUAAAUAACAAAGGAUUCAAGUCUCAUGCAUGAAAUGAUUAAUUAAGAGAGAAAGCUGCACUGACCUUGUUUUUAGGAUGCUACCUUCUGUUUGCCUUUUUACUUGUGGAAGUGAAAUGUCGCCGCACGACUGCCGAGCGAAACACUGUAAGACGAAAUGUUCCACAAAAAGUUUGGAAAUGUUUAUUUAUUAAAGUGUGUGAUUACAUCGGACAAGUAUUU